GGGAGAGGGGAGGAGGGGGGGGGGUCCUGCCUGCGGGGGGAGCCUGGGCCGCCCCUUGUCCGGCCACCCCCACUGUCCAGUCCCGCUCCCGGCCGCGGCGGCCGCAGCAGCCGCAGCAGCAGCGGCCCCAGGAUGGUGAGCGCCGCUGACCCCCAGCCCUGGCCCGUCGCCCCCGGCCCGCGCUUCCGCCCCGGUCCUUGGGCCGGACGCCCCCCCAGGCCGCGCACACUCACCUAGGACCCGGCCGGGAUGCCGAGUUCUGACAAAGAUGCACUGGACACCAGAACACGCCCAGCCCCUCAACCAGUGGCCAGAGCAGCACCUGGACGUCUCCUCCACUACCCCAUCGCCGGCCCACAAGUUGGAGAUGCCUCCAGGGGGUCGCCAGCGCUGCCACUACGCUUGGGCACACGAUGACAUCUCCGCCCUCACUGCCUCCAACCUCCUCAAGCGCUACGCUGAGAAGUACUCCGGAGUCCUGGACUCGCCCUACGAGCGCCCGGGCCUGGCCAGCUACAGUGACACCGCCUUCCUCAACGGCGCCAAAGGGGACCCGGAGCCCUGGCCCGGGCCGGAGCCACCUUACCCGUUGGGCUCGCUCCACGAAGGCCUCCCAGGAGCCAAGCCGGCAGGCGGGGGUGGGUCCGCGGGCCUCGGGGGCUCCCCGGUGGUAGCGGGGAACCUGGCUGAGCCGUUGUAUACCGGCAAUGCGUGCGGGGCCCCGUCGGGGGCCACCGACUACGCGACGAGCUACGGGGGCGGGUACCUGGCGCCCGGCUACUGCGCGCAGACGAGCGCGGCGCUGGCCCCACCGCCCCCGGCCGCGCUCCUGCAGCCAGCACCGCCGCCCGGCUACGGGCCCUCGGCGCCGCUCUACAACUACCCGGCGGCCGGCUAUGCCGCGCAGCCCGGCUUCGGGGCGCUCCCGCCGCCCGCCGCGCCCCCUGCGCCCUACCUGCCGUCCGGCCUGGCGGCGCCCACGCCCCUACCCGCCCCCGCGCCGCCCCGGCCCGCGCCCUACGGCUUCCCCACCGCCGCCGCCGUCGAGGGCGUGUCGCUGAAGCGCAAGGCGGUCGACGAGGGCGCGGAGGCUCGCUACCGCAAGUACGCUUACGAGCCCGCCAAGGCCCCCGCGGCCGACGGCGCCGCCUACCCCGCCGCGGAUGACGCCGAGUGUCGGGGCAACGGGUUCCGCGCCAAGCCAGCUGCAGCUACGGAGGAGGGGCCCGUCAAGUACGGCGGCGGCGGCGCUCUCAAGGUCCUGGGGUCCCCCGCCUACGGCCCGCAACUCGAGCCCUUUGACAAGUUUCCCCCCGAGCGGGUCCCGGCCACCCGCGGAGGAUUCACGGCGCCGUCGGGGGAACCUCCCAAGAGUGUGGACCCGGGAACCCUGGAGCUGGUGACCAGCAAGAUCGUAGACUGCGGGCCCCCGGUGCAAUGGGCAGACGUGGCGGGCCAGGGCGCGCUCAAGGCGGCGCUGGAGGAGGAGCUGCUGUGGCCCCUGCUGAGGCCACCCGCCUGUCCCGGCAGCGCACGCCCGCCGCGGACCGUGCUGCUCUUCGGGCCCCGCGGCUCCGGCAAAGCGCUGCUGGGCCGCUGCCUCGCCACCCAGCUGGGCGCCACGCUGCUGCGCCUGCGUGGGGCCGGCCUGGCCGCCUCGGGCGCCGUCGAGGGCGCGCGCCUCCUGCAGGCGGCCUUUGCGGCUGCGCGCUGCCGCCCGCCCGCGGUGCUGCUCAUCAGCGAGCUGGACGCGCUACUGCCGGCGCGGGACGACGGGGCCUCGCUGCGGGCGCCUCUGCUGGCCUGCCUGGACGGCGGCUGCAGCGCGCGCCACGAUGGCGUGCUGGUGGUGGGUACCACCUCGCGGCCGGCAGCCCUGGACGAGGCGACUCGCCGGCGUUUCGCGCUGCGCUUGUACGUGGCGCUGCCCGACGGCGCGGCGCGCGGGCAGAUCCUGCAGAGGGCGCUGGCUCAGCAGGGCUGUGCGCUGAGCGAGCGGGAGCUGGCCGUCCUGGUGCAGGGCACCCAAGGCUUCUCAGGCGGCGAGCUGGGGCAGCUGUGCCAGCAGGCAGCGGCCGAGGUCGGCCUCUCCGGACUGCAGAGGCCCCUUUCCUACAAAGACGUAGAGGCUGCUCUAGCCAAGGUGGGCCCUCGGGCUUCCCCCAAGGAGCUGGACUCUCUAGUGGAGUGGGACAAAAUGUAUGGCUCCGGACACUAAGGAUGGCCGGUGAGAUGCCACCUUCGCCAGAGGAUGGCCAAAGGAGUGAUGAAUGUGGGGGUGAAAGAGGGGAGGGCUCUGCUGGUGAGUUCGUUCGCAUGGGAAGGAAAAUGCUUCUGCCAGGCAG